AUGAAGCCCCUUUCUUGCAUCGCCGCCCUCCUGGCCGCCUCGGGGGCCAGCGCCAAGGUGACCAAUCUUCCCAAGAAAGAUGUAGUCUGCGGAAACAUCCGCGCCUUCAAGCCCUCCGAUGUUGAAGCCGCUGGCAACGCUGCCCUUCAACACAAAGACAACCCUAUUGGUGCUCGAAAGUACCCUCACAUCUACCACUUUAACCGACCCGACUGUGGCACUGAACUCUGGGGCUAUCCGCUCCUGUGGACGUUUCCUUACAGUGGAGGAGAUCCUUUGUUGUCGAGGGCCAUAUUCACCUUUGUCCAGGAAGGAGGCGAGUUGGUAGCACGAUACUGCGGUACUUAUGCUCAUAAGACGAGGCCUGAUGACAAGGACUUUUACCAGUGCAAGGAUUCCUGA